AUGGCUGAAUUGAUAUCCAUACCACUUAAAAAACCUUCAGACGUAGAUAUUAUUAAGCCUUUGAAAAACUUAAUACAAUCUACAUAUAGUGAUAGCAAUGAAGACUUCAGCGAAGCCAUUAAUGAGCUAAGCCGGCUAAGGAAUAACGCUAUUUGGAAAGUGUCAGAGCUCGACGCUAUUUACAGUUACUAUGAUCAACUUGUCUCUCUGGAGAGCAAAAUACCCCCACAGGAGGUGCAGAUCCCUUUUAAAUGGAAGGAUGCGUUUGAUAGAGGAUCUUUGUUUGGCGGCCGGAUGAGUUUAACAAUAAGUUCCCUAGCUUAUGAAAGGGUUUGUAUCCUGUUUAACAUAGCAGCUAUGCAAAGUAUUAUUGCAGCACAACAGCCUCUAGACACUGAAGAUUCCCUCAAACUUGCAGCUAAGCUAUUACAGCAAUCGGCAGGCAUAUUUGCAUAUCUGAAGGAGAAUGUGAUGAUGGCAGUGCACCAGGAGACUACACCUGACCUCAACCCUGAAACUUUAAAUGCAUUGUCACAGCUGAUGCUGGCACAGGCGCAGGAGGUCAUUGUGUACAAGUGCAUAAAAGAUGAGAUGAAGGACAGCAUGGUAGCAAAGGUAUGCUCACAGUGCGAAGAGCUGUACGUGGACGUGGUGCGCUUGCUGCAGAAGGAAUCCCUGCGCCACCUGUGGGACCGCGACUGGGUGCCCGCCUUGCAAGUGAAGCAGGAGGUGUUUCGCGGGCUGACGCACUACUUCCAGGCGCAAGUGUGCCGCGCCGGCAAGGCGGUGGGCGAGGAGAUCGCGCGGCUGGCGGCGGCGGCGCACGCGCUGCGCGGCCUGCGCGCCGGUGGCCCGCUGGGCGACGUGCCCACGCGCGUGGCGCGCCAGCUGGCGGCGGCGCAGCGUGACAAUGACUUCAUCUACCACGAGCGCGUGCCCGACGCGCUCGCGCUCGAGCCCGUGGCGCGCGCGCGCGUGGCCGCCGCGCUGCCGCCGCCGCCGCGCUGGGCCGCCGCGCCCGACCUGUUCGAUAAGCUGGUGCCCAUGGCGGUGCACCAGGCGCUGCAGGCGAGCGCCGCGCGCCGCGCCGACCUCGUCACCGCGGAGGUGAACAAGCUGCGCGAAGCCACGCAGCUGCUCAACAGCAUCCUGGCGUCGCUGAACCUGCCGGCGUGCAUCGAGGAGGACGGCGGCGCGGGACUGCCGGAGAGCAUUCGCGAGAAGGCGGCGGCGGUGCGCGCGGCGGGCGGGCUGCCGGCGCUGCGCCGCCUGGUGGCCGAGCUGCCCGAGCUGCUGCAGCGCAACCGUGACAUCCUCAGCGAGGCCGAGCGCCUGCUGCGCGAGGAGGCCGACGCUGACGCGGCGCUGCGCGCGCAGUUCGGCGCCCGCUGGACGCGCACGUCCUCCGACCAGCUCACGGAGGCCUUCCGCGCCAACGCCGCCAAGUACUCGCAAAUCAUCGACAAUGCCGUUCGCGCCGACGCUAUAGUGCAGCAGAAGUUCCAGCAGCACGAGCAGAACAUCGAGCUGCUGAGCCGCAGCGACGGCGAGAUCGACGCGGGCGUGCCCAGCGCGCCGGAGGCAAGCGCGGGCGACGACGCGGCGCUGCCGCAGCUGCGCGCACUCAUGGCGCAGGUGGAGGAGCUGAAGGCGGAGCGCGACGCGCUGGAGGCCGAGCUGAAGGACGCCACGGUGGACCUGCGCGCGCGCUUUUUGGAGGCGCUGGCGGCCGACGGCGCCGUGGACGAGCCCGCGCUGUCGGCGGCCGCGCUGGGCGCCGCGCUGGCGCCGCUGCAGCGCCGCGCCGCCGCGUCGCGCGCGCGCCAGGACGCGCUGGCGGCCGAGCUGCAGCGCGCGCACGCCGCGCUCAUGGCGGCGCGCGGUGGCGCCAGCGGCCGCGACCACGCGCUGGGCCGCCUCUGCGCCGCCUACGACGCCUACCAGGACCUCACCGGCAACCUCAAGGAGGGCGUCAAGUUCUACAACGACCUCACGCAGUUGCUGGUAGCAUUCCAAAACAAAGUGUCAGAUUUUUGCUUCGCGCGCAAAACUGAAAAAGAUGAGCUGUUGAAGGACCUCACGCAGGAGGCGUCGCGCGCGUCCCCGCGGCCCGCGCCGGCGCCGCCGCAGCACCACGCCGCCGCCGCCGAGCCCGAGCUGGUGGCCAAGCGGGAGCCCCCGCCGCGCCCGCCGCCGCCCGCGACCUCCGGCGCACAGCCCGCCCCCGCCCUGCCCUACCCCUCCCAGCCGCAAGGCAUGCCGCUGCCGUACGGCGCGCCCGCGGCGCCCUACGCGAUGUACGCGCCCGUGCCGGCGAUGUACAACCCGUACGCCACGCUGCCCUACCCGCACCACGCGCGCGCGCCGCCCUACCAGCCCUACCAGUACCCCGCGCCGCCCGGCGCCUACCCGCAGCCGCCGCCCGCCGGCUACAACCCCUACCAGCAACCGCCGCAGCAG